AUGCAAAAGUUUAAUAACGCCAUCGAUUUUCAAAUGAUUAAACGGGCUCAAAUAAUCAUAAUCAAAUAUGCCCAGUACAGCGUAUGUCGCGAAGAAGUAAACCUCUUGAGCCUCGGUAAAGCGCCGCGCAAGCAUAGCCAGCUUGGCUCAUUGAAUGUAUACUUAGACAAGAGCGGAGUAAUUAAGAGCAAAAGUCGCGCAGAGCACCUUAACAGUCGCGCGGACAUUAUUGUGCUACCAAAUUCACACCAUGUUACAUUUUUAAUCGUACGCUCGAUACAUGAAAAAUUUCAUCACCACAUGCACGAAGCUAUCAUCAAUACAGUAAGCGCACAGUAUUACAUACCUCGACUUCGAGUCUUGUAUAGAAAGGUCCGCAAAUCUUGUCAGCAGUGUAAAAAUUACACCGCUAAACGAAAUGUGCCACAAAUGGCAGUAUUGCCAGAAAUUGUGCACAGCCUAGAUACAAGUUCUUGCGUUAUGUCGAUCAGAAAUUUUAUAGCUCGUCGUGGCUACCCACGACAUAUCUUCACCGAUAACGGCACAAAUUUCAAAGCUGCGAAAAAGAUCACAUGCGCGGAGAUGAAAGAGAUCGAUUUUUCACUACUUAUGUCAACAUUCGACCAGAUCAGCUGGAAGUUCAUUCCGCCAGCAGCGCCUCAUAUGGGAGGGGCUUGGGAACGGCUCGUGCGGUCUGUCAAAUCCGUUUUGUACAAUAUUAUGCCGUAUGCAAACUUCAACGACGAAAGCCUCAAAAGUAGCUUAUGCGAAGUAGAAUACAUCAUAAAUGCGCGCCCCUUAACUUUCGUUUCACUCGAGUCAGACGACGACGAUGCUCUUACGCCAAAUCACCUUCUGCUGGGUUCGCCGGACGGCUUCAAGCCCACGUGUACCGAUGACUUAGCCCUAAGGAAACGUUGGUACCAGAACCAGAAGUUCGCUGACAGAUUCUGGCACAGAUGGGUUAAAGAGUACGUACCCAUCAUCUCUAGACGUAGCAAAUGGUUUGAUAAAGUACCGCCGAUACGUGUUGGAGAUAUUGUCGUCAUUGUCGACGAAAAUUUACCAAGGAAUUGUUGGCCGAGAGGUAAGGUGAUCCGCAUUGUGAUAGCCAAAGGCGGACAGGUCCGCAGCGCGGAAGUUAAAACUACUUCAGAAAUACUACACCGCCCAGCUACCAAGAUCGCACGUCGGCUCUUCUGGGAGUAA